GUGACCAUACAUACCAUCAUCUCCACUGAUCUACAUUCAUUCUCUCUCUAUUAAUGCUCUGAAGUUUCAAGCCUGUCGUAAACUCUCCAUUCAAACACACACUAUCAGGAUGUGGAUGAUAUUUUCGGGAAUCGUCUUUGGGUUGCUGUCCCUCUCCAGUUCAGACAAUCCAACAGUGAAGUCACGUAGCUGCAGUUAUAUGGGAGUGUUUCAUGUGGAGGGAAGAGCUCGCUACAAUCUGACGUAUAAAGAUGCCAAGAGGUUGUGUGAACACCUAUCAGCUACUUUAGCACCAAUGGACCAGCUGCAGAGAGCUUAUAAUGCAGGACUGCAGACGUGCAGGUACGGCUGGAUAAAUAACAGUCAGCCGGUGAUCCUCCGUCACAAGCCACAUCAAAUCUGCGCCGGCAACCAAAUCGGCAUUAUGACUUGGGAGAAAACUCAUCAUGCUGACGCCUUCUGUUACGAUGAAAACGAUUUGUCAGGAAAAAACUGUUCAGCUAAGUCUGGGAUUUAUUUACCUGGAUCUAAGAGUUUAAAUACAUCAGAUGGUGACUCUGCAUCUGCAGAAGACCAAUCGAGUGUUGAAAGGACCGACCAUGAAAACGCAACUGAAGUUACACAUCUGGAGAACGCAACAACAUCUGAGUCGACUACUGCAGUCUAUUGGACCACUAAUGGUUCUGCGUCUGUAAACACCUCACAGGGUUUUACAGAGAAUGAUGAGACUGAUGAAACAGAACAUCCACAGUCUACACCUGUAAAGCCUGAUACAGAUGCCACAAGGCCAAAUGGGCCUCAGUCGGACAACAAAAAUAACUCAGAUGCCACAGAGCCGAAUGUGCAUCAGUCACCCAUCAAAAAGAGCUCAGAUUGGCUGGUCAUUUUAUUUGUAAUUUUGGCUGUUCUACUCAUUCUGCUUGUAUGUGCUCUGGUAGCAACCAGAAAAAGAUGGUGUGGUAAAAAAAGAACUUUGAUUAUCACAAAAAAGAGCAGCAGUGACAAAAACGGUAGAUCAGCAUCAUUCACUCAAAAGCAGGAGAUGACCACGCUCAUGAACACUGAAAAAAAUCUCAGCGCAUAACUUCAGAGUUUAUUAACAUCAAUCUUGAUAAGCCAACAGAGAAAAUCCAGCAGCAAUAAGAAUGAGAACGAGAAAAGAUCAAAGUGACAUACAAUAAAUACACUGGAAGGAACAAAGAGGAAAUCAGAAGCCCGAGUAGCUAAGAGAUUGAGUCAUACGCUGGUUUUAAGUGUUUUGGGAAUUGUUUAGUUUAGACAUUUUGUAUUGAACUUUGGGCAACUUUGCUUACUUACAUUAUAUGAGAUUAUUGUUUUGAGGAUUGUAUUUUGUAUGUGGUAACACUUCACAACAGGUAAUAUAAAAUAUUUUUCAUUAACAUUAGUCAAGUAAGAAUAACACUUGAUUUUUUUUACUUUUUUAAUCAGUGUUAAUGUAAAUACAUUUGUUCAUUGUUUCUUCGUGUGCAUUAACUUAUGUUAAGAGGCACUUUUAGUAAAUUAAUAUUUCAACCAAGAAUGAGCUCUCAUACCUCUAAUUGUCAGACCAUCUUGACUUUGUACACCUGUUCACCAUCAACCCUACUACAAUUUCAGCGUCCUUUGCAGCACAUUUACAUGUCAGUACACAGUUUUCUCCAACCUUUACAUGCAGUCUUUAGUCACAACUUCCAUGUCUCAUGUAACUUCUCAUGUAGCAUAUGCAGGAUGGACAAUAGGGAAGUCAAAAAACCACUGAAGAAUAAGAAUCAGUGGCCCUUGAAUCUGAAACAAGGAAAUUUCAAAAGUGUUUUUCUUCACUGGUACAUGGACAUAGGCCGUUUCUCAAUACCAAGAAUGCCAAUUUCGGACUUGCAAGUUCAGACUUAGAAGAACGAACUCCCGAGGACAGGAGGACACAUCUGCAGUUAUAUUACAAAUGGAACAGCAAAGUCUUGAGGUCAUCAUUCAGUCUAACCAAUACGUGCAGCCCUGGCUAUUUUUAUUUUAAUGUAUUUUUACAAUAAAACGAUAUACUGUA